AUGAUUUUGACAGCAGGUUUUCACGGUGAUCCGAUUGUAAGCAAAUUUCAUGGAAUGACUAUUUCAUCAGUUUCCUCAUUAUGUGUGGAGCCGGAACCGUUGCUCCAAUUCAACCUGCAAGUUCCAAGUGCUACUUCAGACCUAUUACAUCAAUUCAAUUCGUUUGCCAUACAUAUAAUGCCUCCUACUAUAGACUCUAUUAGGAUCGCAAGAGCUUUUGCUCAAGGUACCAGAAUACACAGGGACAGUCAGGGAAAUUUAGUCCACACAAAACCUUUCAUGAGUCUUGCCAAAGACGAUUGGAAACUGCAAGAUAUAAACGAUAAGGUUCAGAUCCCCAUCAUCAGUCAUGCUGAAAGAGUUUUCCUCUGCGAAAAGAAAGAUCUUUUUCAAGUAAAUAACCAUGAACUUUGGGUAGCCCAAGUAAAUGAUAUACUGAUAAACGAGCCCAAAAAAUCCGGAGGUUUGCUCUAUUUUGACAGACAUUUUCAUAAUAUUGGAACCAAGUUAGAGAAUUAG